ACCACCACCAGAACAAAAUGGCUCCGGCGAAAAAGAAACCGAUCAAAGAGGAGGACAAAGAGGUCACUGAUAUGAAUCCAGCGACAAGCUCUACGCCGGUAAGCGAUUACAGUCUUUCAGAUGCUGAGGACGGAGGAGAGUCGUCCACAGAGUCCGACUCGUCCCAAGGCAGAUCAAAGAGAGGCGAGACCGAGGAAAUUCCCAGAGACUUCUCGGGUGUCCGACAAGAGACACCUGCCCUUAAUCCUUCAGAAGGAUGGCCGACCAAGCGAUUGCUUUAUUUAUCUUCCAGACGUACAGUACUUCUUCAGGUCGGCCCUGAUGGAAUGCCGCAGACCUUUGGACUCCAGCGUUCACCCAAGUCAGAAGGUACUACAGAGUGGCUUGCUCUCGAAGAGAACAGAAAAUUGCCAAUAGACCCGAAGAAUGUCAAAAUCUUGGCUGUUGCCACUAGUAUGGCAUUCAAUGGAAAUCCCGACCCUCUGAGCUCACUGAAGUUCGUGUCGCCUUACACUUGUGGCGCUUCUAGACACCAAGUUGUACUAGUCCUAGCGCAAUGGGAUGACGGGAAUCGGACAUAUAAAAACUGGGUUUCCCGUUCUGCAUUGCGAAAGGUUUGUAGGGAACCUCUUGACCAAACCGAAACAACGAAGUACAACGAUACAGCUGCGAAAAUAGAAUCGAAGGCUAGGCCUACGGCAGAUCAGACCAAGACCCUAGCUAGUCUCGGAAGUUUAGAGAAAGCUCUUGAGUUUCAAAGAGAAAUGGGAACCUCCAACUGGGGUAUCGAUACACAUAUUUACAUCGUCAAGUACUGGCAAGAUAAGGCAUUCUACAAAGCCUUUGGUAUAGACUAUCCAGAGUUCGACCAUCCAGCCCUGUGGAUGCGGGGUAAAGUGGCAGACAUACGAGAACCCUACGAGAACUACGAAAGGAAGAAGACACAGGAGAUGUUGGAUAGUUAUACCAAGCCUAGUGUGCAACCGCCCAAGCCACAAGAGCUCACGACAACUAGUAUUGCAUCAAACAAUAUCGAGGCUCUAUUGCUCAAAAUUAUGGAAAGACUCGAUCUGCAGGCCAAGGCCACGUUGCCCGAAACGUCGUGAGAGGCUGAGCUUAUUUCUAUUUCUAUUUCUAACGAGUUUCAUGGAUUUCUGAGACAAGGUUUGGGUGUCUACCUCGCCAGUAGUUUAAAUUGAGUGCUCCUUACCGAGGAUGUUUUAGAUAGUGUAAUAUUAACGCUGCUCUUGCGACA